AUGACACUUCGCCCUACCUUUGAAGAUAUAACAGACUGUGAGACGGUCCUUUUUGAAUGGGCAGAGAGUUACGAUGGAAAAGACUGGGAACGACUGGAACGAUGCAUAGCUCCCUCUCUCCGUAUCGACUAUAGGGCCUUCGUCAAUAAGCUCUGGGAGAAUAUGGCCCCCACCGAUUUUGUCGCCAUGGUCUCCCAUCCUCACUUUCUGGGCACCCCGCGCAUCCAGACACAACAUUUCAUCGGAAUGACGAAGUGGGAGAAGGUUAGCGAAAAUCAAAUCCUAGGACACCAUCAAAUGAGAGUCGCCCACCAGAAGCAUGCGGACGAUGAAUUGAAGGAGGUCACCGUAAAAGGACAUUCGCAUGGUACGGGCACAAUAACAUACCGGAGAAUCGAUGGCGUCUGGAAGUUUGCGGGGAUUGAACCGCAUGUAAGAUGGACCGAGUUUGGCGGGGAAGGUCUCUUUGGGCCACCUGUAAAGGAGGGGAAUACAGCACCAGGGCCUAUCGAUAUUGUUUCAUAG